UGUGAUUAUAUAUUAUAUCGUACUUCUCAACAAGAUGAGGAUGUGAACUGUUCUUAAUCCAUUGCUACCUUGUUUACACUUCAAAGAUAUAAGCUACAUACAUGGGGUUUUACUAUAUCUGUCAUAAUAUGGGGGGUGAUAUUCUGUAUCGCCUUUUUUGCUCUUACAUGGGAGGCACUAAUACUAUUCAUUAUUAUGUUUCUCUUGUUAUUCUCGUUAAUGGCAGGAGAGAUUAUUUAGGUAAUGACUUGAGGGAUAAACUUGAUAGAAGGCAUUUAUCACCUCCAAGAUAUUCACCAGCUCGAGAUGCAAGAGGUCGGCAGACCAUCCGUGAAUACAGUCCACUGAGGUCUCCGGAGUAAAAAAGUGACAGAAGACAUAGGAGAAAACACGACAUCAGUGGCCAUAGUGAUAUUUCUGGAAGUUUGAAAGUCUCUGAAAGAAUUAAUGAUCAAGUUAAAGAGGGAAAAUUGCUUCCCUCUGGUUCUAGGAAUACUCUUGAGGAGCAGCUGAAGAAAGUACAUUCCGAUAUCAACACUCUUGAGAACCGAAAAUUCCAACUAGCGGUCUACCUAGAUGAGAGUGUUCAAGAAGUGGAUAGCCUAAAUUCUAGAAUUGAGGAACUUGAGGCUCAAUUAAACAAGGAGAAUGAGGAGUGUAAAAGAGUUACUUCAAGAAUAAGAAAGUUUGUUCGAAUGCACAAUCAAAAUUUGGAGUUGCAAGAUGAACUGAAGAGAUCACAGGUCCGACUUGAAAGGUUUGGAGUUCAACUUGUCUCAGACAUUUCUAGAAUUGGUGCUAAUGAGGAAGAUUUAAGCGUUGAUAUUGUAAGCAAUGGUGAGAAUAUUGGUCUUCCUCCAAUCAUCAAACAUAAUUUGGAGCAGAAUGGCAGAUCUCCCUGCAGAAAAAGGCUGCAUGUGGAACAAGAUUCUGUGGAAGAGCUAAAACAAGGUAUUAAAUCUAAAGUAGGGCAUUUAGUUGAAACAGCAAGAACCAGUAAGCGUACUCGAUGGAAUUUGUCUGCUCAAUCAAAUAACAAGGGUUAUGAAGAGGCACCAGACAAUGGAAUUGAAGUUACUAGGCACCAAGAUCUUGAAGGAAAAAAGCAUAAGAAAGGAAUAUGGAAUUCUUCUAACAACAUUCAUUCAGAAAAGCUGAAGGAAUCCAGGAUCGAAGUGCCAUCAACCAGUAUGGCAGCUCAUGUGUUUGAAGAGGAAGUUGAGAUUGAACAUGAUAACGGAAAUGAUAUCAAAGAAACUUCAAACACUGAAAAUGACAACGGAGUGGUAUUCCAGGUGAAGGGCACACCUUUUAUGCUUCCCACAGAUUUGAUUCCCCAUAGCAAUUAUUCGCAGGUUAGUUCUUCUAUGGGGUACAUUUGUUUACUGCCUUAAAAGCUAAGUGUAAUG